CCGCAUCCCUCUGCCUGGGGCCCAGUGACGCUCGUCUGCUCCGCUCGCAGGUUCCCCCUCUUCCUCAGACAAGAUGUCCCACCAGAAGAAGCAGCCCACCCCGUGUCUCCCUGUGUGCUGUGGAAAGUCCUCUGGUGGCGGGGGCGGUAGUGGCGGCGGCGGCGGCGGCGGCGGCGGCGGCGGCCACUCCGGCGGCGGCGGCUCCAGCUGCGGCGGCGGCGGCGGCCACUCCGGUGGCGGUGGCUGCGGCGGCGGCUCUUCCGGCGGCGGCGGCGGCUCCGGAGGCGGCGUCAAGUACUCCGGCGGCGGCGGCGGCUACUCCGGCGGCGGCGGCUCCAGCUGCGGCGGUGGCGGCGGCUACUCCGGCGGCGGCGGCUCCAGCUGCGGCGGUGGCGGCGGCUACUCCGGCGGCGGCGGCUCCAGCUGCGGCGGCGGCUACUCCGGCGGCGGCGGCUCCAGCUGCGGCGGCGGCUACUCCGGUGGCGGAGGCUGCGGCGGCGGCUCUUCCGGCGGCGGCGGCUCCGGAGGGGGCGUCAAGUACUCCGGCGGCGGUGGCGGCGGCUCCAGCUGUGGCGGCGGCGGCUACUCCGGUGGCGGCGGCUCUAGCUGUGGCGGCGGCGGCGGCUACUCCGGUGGCGGCGGCUCCAGCUGCGGCGGCGGCGGCUCUUCCGGUGGCGGCGGCGGCUCCGGAGGGGGCGUCAAGUACUCCGGCGGCGGCGGCGGCGGCUCCAGCUGUGGCGGCGGCGGCGGCUACUCCGGCGGCGGCGGCUCCAGCUGUGGUGGCGGCGGCUACUCCGGCGGCGGCGGCUCCAGCUGUGGCGGCGGCGGCGGCUACUCCGGUGGCGGCGGCUCCAGCUGCGGCGGCGGCUCCUCCGGGGGCGGCGGCGGCUCCUCCGGCCAGAUGUACCAGCAGCAGAGCUACGGAGGCGGCUCUAGCGGCGGCUCCAGCUGUGGCGGCGGCGGUGGCGGCUACUCCGGCGGCGGCGGCGGCUCCGGCUGCGGCGGCUACUCCGGCGGCGGCGGCGGCUCCGGCUGCGGCGGCUCCUCUGGCGGCGGCGGCGGCUCCAGCUGCGGCGGCGGCGGCGGCGGCGGCUCCUCCGGGGGCGGCGGCUACUAUUCGCAGCAGACCACCCAGAGCUCGUGCGCCCCGCAGCAGAGCUACGGAGGCGGCUCCAGCUGCGGCGGCGGCUCCGGGGGCGGCGGCUCCGGGGGCGGCGGCUGCUUCUCCAGCGGCGGCGGCGGCGGCGGCGGCUCCUCCGGCGGCUGCUUCUCCAGCUGCGGCGGCGGCUCCUCCGGGGGCGGCGGCGGCGGCUGCUUCUCCAGCGGUGGAGGCGGCGGCGGCGGCUGUGGCGGCGGCGGCUCCUCCGGGGGCGGCGGCGGCUGUGGCGGCGGCGGCUCCUCCGGCGGCGGCUCCUCCGGCGGCGGCUCCGGGGGCGGCAAGGGCGUCCCGGUCUGCCACCAGACCCAGCAGAAGCAGGCCCCUACCUGGCCGUGCAAGUAA